GCUGUCAGGUCUGAGUAGGUUGGACUCUGACGCGUAGGCGAGACGCGCAGGCGCAGAGAGCCCCAGCCACGCCGGCCCAGGUGGCCUCAGGUGAGGGGGGGCGGAGCGCACCUGUGGGGACGGGACGACGAGUUCAAGCCUCCGUGGGUGCAGUUGGUCGCCAGCGAGGGAUGCGGAGACGCCCCUGAACGACCAUGGCAUCGGCCGACGAGCUGACCUUCCAUGAAUUCGAGGAGGCCACUAAUCUUCUGGCUGAGACCCCAGAUGCAGCCACCACCAGCAGAAGCGAUCAGCUGACCCCACAAGGGCACGUGGCUGUGGCCGUGGGCUCAGGUGGCAGCUAUGGAGCCGAGGAUGAGGUGGAGGAGGAGAGUGACAAGGCCGCGCUCCUGCAGGAGAAGCAGCAGCGGCAGCAGCCCGGAUUCUGGACCUUCAGCUACUAUCAGAGCUUCUUUGACGUGGACACCUCACAGGUCCUGGACCGGAUCAAAGGCUCACUGCUGCCCCGGCCUGGCCACAACUUUGUGCGGCACCAUCUGCGGAAUCGGCCGGAUCUGUAUGGCCCCUUCUGGAUCUGUGCCACGUUGGCCUUCGUCCUGGCCGUCACUGGCAACCUGACGCUGGUGCUGGCCCAGAGGAGGGACCCCUCCAUCCACUACAGCCCCCAGUUCCACAAGGUGACCGUGGCAGGCAUCAGCAUCUACUGCUAUGCGUGGCUGGUGCCCCUGGCCCUGUGGGGCUUCCUGCGGUGGCGCAAGGGUGUCCAGGAGCGCAUGGGGCCCUACACCUUCCUGGAGACUGUGUGCAUCUACGGCUACUCCCUCUUUGUCUUCAUCCCCAUGGUGGUCCUGUGGCUCAUCCCUGUGCCUUGGCUGCAGUGGCUCUUUGGGGCGCUGGCCCUGGGCCUGUCAGCCGCCGGGCUGGUAUUCACCCUCUGGCCCGUGGUCCGUGAGGACACCAGGCUGGUGGCCACGGUGCUGCUGUCCGUGGUCGUGCUGCUCCACGCCCUCCUGGCCAUGGGCUGUAAGUUGUACUUCUUCCAGUCGCUGCCUCCGGAGAACGUGGCUCCUCCACCCCAAAUCACAUCUCUGCCCUCAAACAUCGCGCUGUCCCCUACCUUGCCGCAGUCCCUGGCCCCCUCCUAGGAAGGCCCGGGUCCCACAGACAAUUCUUUCUUUCAGGCAACACCUAAGUGGACCAGCCCCUCUGCCUGUCCUGCCCCCCAGACGAUGACUGAAGGCUCCUUUGACACCUUGAGAUGAUUCUGCUACUUUCCAGACUUUUCUUACAAAGCAAACACUUUUAUUUUCUAUGCAAAGGUGAUUCAGAGAAUUUAUAUAAAGGCGGGCGAGGGGCAGCCAAGCAGGGAGCUUUGGGACAGGGCUGGGGCCCCCAUAUCCCCCCUGGGCCACCUGCUUUCCCUCCUAUGGCUCCCCUGGAACAGGAGGGAGAGCCAAGGGGGCGGCCCAGCCUGGACAGCGCCCGCUCCUGCCUGGGUGCACACACGGCAGGCCUGAGCUCCAGCAUCUGAGUUUGGGGGUAUGAGAAACAGGGGAGCAGAAGGAGAAGAAAACUGCCUGUGCUGCAACACGUUUCCUCAUUUAUUUUUUCUUUCUUUUUCUUUUUUUCUUUCUUUUUUUUUUUUCUUUUUUUUUUUUUGGAGGGAGAGGUCCCUGCAAGGUCCCUUCCCGGGCAGGGGAGGGAUGGAAAUGCCGUCACAGUAGUAGGGACUGGAGCGUCUACAAGGAUGGAGGGGAGCUACUCAGGCCUAACGUUAGCUACAAGGAAAAAGGACGCCUUCCGUGACAGAUCCUUGAGGUGUCUGUGUCUGCCCCAAGUGGCCGGCAGUGGCCUUCCCUCCGGGCCCAAGGCCUGCAGCCACCUGCUCUAACUCUUGAGUUGGGGGGCGGGGGGGGGGACCUGCAGGGGCUCGGGGACAGGACAGCAGCAAGAGGCAGGGGCCGAGGACGGAGGCCUUCCCGACAGUGGGGUGGGUUGUACAUUCAAGUGUGAGGUGAACCCUUUGGUGGGGAGGGGGCCCCUGAAGCCUCGGCGGGGCCACCCCUCCCCGCGGCGCCUCUGAGUCUAGGGAGAGGGGCUGCUGGCUCGGCCCGGCCGGCCUGGCUUCACAGAGGGUCUGCGGAUUGACACUGGUUCUUUUCGUAAAAAAAUAAAAUUAAAAAAAGCA